GUAAACAGCGAGAGGCGCUAGCAGCGUUAGCUUGUUGGCAGGCUAGCAGCGUUAGCUUUUGUUAAGAGGUCGGUGGUGUUUUGUUGGGACGUUUGUGAGGUUUUUGGACAGAAAGGACGAUACGUGGUUCGUGUGGGAACUCUCAGCAUUUUCCAAAGUGUCGUAAAUGAGUGAAGCAGUGUUGAACGGAAAGACAACGUGGAUUGCUGUGAUUGUGAGACUAGCAGAUGAUCGAUCGGAGCUGCAGUGAAGAGGACGGCGGUGUUUGUGGGAGUUGGAGCUGAAGAUCGGAGCAGGAACCAUGUCUUCAGAACCUCAGCAAGGUUCUGUCAGAGAACAACUUUCUGCUGCUGAAGGAACCAUCCAGAUCCAGAACGAGGAGGAGCUCUGUCGUCAGCGCAGACUGCUGGAUAGCAGCUGGAACCCGCAGCUUCAGCUACACAUAGUUGUCCUCCCCCAGCAUUGGAUGACUGAAGAUGAAGAUCUCUCCAACCGACAAAGGAACUUCAGAGUUGAACUGGAGAAACCGGACCUUCCGCAUUAUAAAGAGGAACCGGAGGAACCAGAACCAUCACCGAUUAAAGAGGAGCAAGAAGGGUUCUACAACAUUCAGCUUGAUCUGAAGCAGGAGACUGAUACCUUGAUGGAGAUUCCUACUAAUGAGGAAGAUGAAAAAAGGGAAGCAGAUCUAAACAAUCAGCAGAGGAACUUCAGAGUGGAACAUGAGGAACCAGAACCUCCUCAAACUGAAGAGGAACAAGGAGGACAACAACUUCCAAAGAUUAAAGAGGAACUAGAACCUCCACAGAUUAAAGAGGAGCAGGAAGAACCAGAACCACCACACAUUAAAGAGGAACCAGGGGAACUCUGCAUCAGUCAGGAUGAAGAGCAACUUGAUCUGAAGCAGGAGACUGAUACCUUGACGGAGAUUCCUACUAAUGAGGAAGAUAAAAAAAGUGAAUCAGAUCUAAACAAUCAACAGAGCUUUAAUGUAACUGAUAGUCAGGAUGAAGAAGGAAACCAACAUGAAGAAUCAACAUCAACUACAGAUAAAGGGACAGACUCACAGAUCAGAGAUCAGAGGAAGAGAAUAGACAGAAGUCAUGUCCAAAGUGUGGACAGCACUCACUUGUCAGAAAGUCAGUGUGACUCUGAUGGUAAUAGAAAAGAUGAUUUGGUUAAGAAACACAAAGUAUCUUCAAAACAGGAAAGACUUUAUUUUUUCAAGUCUGGUGAAAACUCAAGAAUAGCUAAGAAACCUUUUGAUGUAAGAUUUCAUACAGGAGAGAAGCGAUUAUCAUGUAAAGAAUGUGAUAGAAGUUUUAGUCAAAUAUCUCAUCUAAAAAGACACAUGAGAAUUCAUACAGGAGAGAAGCCUUUUCCUUGUAAAGAAUGUAAAAAAAGUUUUAGUCAAUUAUAUGAUCUCCAAAAACACAUGAAAACUCACACAGGAGAGAAGCCUUUUUCUUGUAUAGAAUGUGACAAAAGCUUUAGUCAAAUAUCUCAUCUUAAAACACACAUGAGAACUCAUACAGGAGAAAAGCCUUUUUCUUGUAAAGAAUGUAAUAAAAGUUUUAGUGAGCCAUCUAGUCUGAAAAUACACAUGAGAACUCACACAGGAGAAAGGCCUUUUUCUUGUAAAGAAUGUAAUAAAGGUUUUAGUGAUUCAUCUAGUCUCAAAAUACACAUGAGAACUCACACAGGAGAGAAGCCUUUUUCUUGUAAAGAAUGUGACAAAAGCUUUAGUCAAACAUCUCAUCUUAAAACACACAUGAGAACUCAUACAGGAGAGAAGCCUUUUUUUUGUAAACAAUGUAAUAAAAGUUUUAGUGAGCCAUCUAGUCUGAAAAUACACAUGAGAACUCACACAGGAGAAAGGCCUUUUUCUUGUAAAGAAUGUAAUAAAGGUUUUAGUGAUUCAUCUAGUCUCAAAACACACACGAGAACUCAUACAGGAGAAAAGCCUUUUUCUUGUAUAGAAUGUGACAAAUGUUUUAAUCGAAAGUCCCAUCUCAAAACACACAUGAUAACACACACCAGAAAAACAUAUUAAAACAUUCUGACAAAGGAUUUAUUAAAAAAACUUUAAACUCAGGAAAACGUAGAGUAGAAAAUUGUACACGGGGUUUACAUCAGAAGAGGGACAGAUUUGGAAAAAGUACAUAUUUUCUUCCAUAAAGACAGAAACUAGCAUUGUAUUCGAAAUUAUGAUUUUUAGAUUGAAAUAUUUUAAACCCUGGUUUUAUGUUGCCAUAUACGAUUUGGAUAUACCAGUUAUGUACCUUCUUUGAAAGCCAGAAGUACCUAACAGUCAGUCACAUUCACUGCCACCCACCCAUUCACACACUGAUGAUAUAACCUAUAUAACCACCAGGAUCACUAGCCGUGGUUACAUGGGCAGAAUAUCUUGAUCGGAUCAAUGGUCGGGUUAAAAUUCACCCGUGCACAUGGGCACAGAAAACCUUUUUCCGAUUAGAACAAAU